AUGUGCUCCCCUUUUGUGCCGCAAAUUCUUUCUGGUCGAUCCUCUAAAGUUAGAGCAUUAAGUACUUUCUAUUUGCUUCACAGCACUAGUUGCACUUCUGAGAAUAAGGAUGCAGGAAACGGAAGGAUCUACUGGUCAUUGCCUGGUUUGGCAAUUAGUCAGGAUGGAGCAUUGCUUGAUGUUGCGUCUGAAAGGGAAUGUGAUUCUUCGUUUAUUGCCAAUCCACAAGCUGUCUACCAUGGCAAUGGUGAUUUGAGGAUGUACUGUCACUCUUUCAAUGCAGUGAACGGUCAUUUUGGGAUUGGGAUUGUGAGGUCUAGAGAUGGAAUUAAGCGGUUGAAGUUGGGGAAGAUAAUAGGAGCAUGCAGAAGCCGUGGCUUCGACGCAUUUGGCGCAACAGAUGCAUAUAUGGUGAGGGACAGUAAAGAUGGCAAGCAUUUGAUGGGAUAUGAAGGUGUUGCUGCAGAUGACAGUAGAGAUUCCCAAGUGACAGAUAAGGUAAACCAUAUGACUUUCCUAACCAUUGUAAUCCCACCAUGACUACAAACCACUUCAACAAUAAAUCAAAAUAAGCACAAGCGAAGUAACUCUGUAGCUAUUCUUUUAACAUUCAUUAGUGUAAAAAGUGUACUUAUAACAAACAUAAGGCCCCAAAUAUCAAAACCAUAACAUCUCAUGAACGAUAAUUUCCAACACAUAAAAUCGUUGAAAACUAGCAUGUGUUCCAGUGCUUUGUGCUUAUGCUCGCUCGACUUCCACCUGAAGGUUAAAGAAUCAUACACUUAAAACUCAGAAUUAUAUAAAAGCCACCAUAUUCAUUUAUAUCAAUAGGUUCCACUUCAAAAUCUUGGUUGCCAAGCUUUGUUUUAUCUUCACUCAAACCACAUGUUCUGAAUAAACUCUCAUAGAACAGAAAGCAGUCUUCCACCCCAGAUAGAUCCAACAGCAAUGAAUCUUAAAAUCCAAAUCACCGUCACCAACCACAUAUGAGCAUGGAUACAAUAUAAUCAAUCACGACAACGAAUAAAUAAAGAAAUCAUUGAACAGCUUGGCUGCGCACAAUUUUCUUAUCAACCUUGCUCAUUUUUAAAAAUAUAAAACUGAAAUAUGUCCCAAAUCCUACUUCAGCAUAGAAAACAAAUUUAACUAAAAAACUAAUGAAAAAUGACACUUCUAUUUUAUUAUAGACUUUCAGUACUUAAUUUCCGGGCAACAUUUUCUUCCCAAUGUGAAAUAAUAAAGUGAGUCGCAGUUUUCUAUCCAGCUCCUAAAUAUUCAAACAUGUAACUAACUCCCCAGCGGUAGAAAGACAUAUAUAGUAAUUUCAACCUCCCAGUGUAAUCCAUUUACUGAUUACUAACUAUUAUUACACAUCUUCAACAUCUGUCCUCCAAGGCUCCAAUAUUUUUCGAGAAAAGCACUUCCGCAGUUCCACUCUUGCAUCAUUCAGAAAAUUUUAUUUAUUUUUUGGAAUAUAACCAUGUAAGAUAUCAUACAAUGAAAAUCGCUGAAGAUCUUUAAAAAAAAAGAUCAUUUGCUAAAGAGGCUUCUAAGCUUUAAAUUUUUUUUUCCACAACAAAUAUACUGGUGUACACAACACUAAUUGAAGAAAAGAAGAAUUCAGAAUAUAGCCCAAGAGACAUUAGGAAGAGCCUCAUUAUGACGAUCUUAUUGAUCCCGUGGUGUGAAGAUCUGAUUUUCACAAAACUACAUAUAACAUCCGUAACUAGUGCAAAUAUGGUAGUCCAAAUGUAGCUCAAAUAAUAUUGGAAGACCCAUGCAAAUAUGCAGGUCACCAAGACAGUUUUCAGAUUGUUAAAAUAAAAAUGGAUCAUUCAAAAAGGGCAGAGCCCCCAUAAUUCAAAAUCAUCACACAAUAUUAUGGCCAAUCUCCAAUGCGUAAAGCAAAUAGAGAGCAUCGCAUUUAACCUCAAAU